GUAAAAGAUGAAAAAAACAUACAGGAAACGUUCGACCUGAGCGAUUAUGAGAAGUGUGAAGAGCUCAGGAAGUCCAAAAGCAGAAGCAAAAAGAACCACAGCAAAUUUACCCUCGCCCACUCCAGGCAGCCUGGAAACACGGCACCCAAUCUGAUCUUCCUGGCCGUGAGUCCAGAAGAGAAGGAGUCCUGGAUUAACGCCCUCAACUCUGCAAUCACCCGUGCUAAAAACCGCAUCCUAGAUGAGGUCACUGUUGAAGAGGACAGCUACCUCGCCCACCCGACGAGGGACAGAGCCAAGAUCCAGCACUCCCGCCGCCCUCCGACACGGGGCCACUUGAUGGCUGUGGCAUCUACCUCAACCUCCGACGGCAUGCUGACCCUGGACCUGAUCCAGGAGGAGGACGCCUCCCCGGAGGACCAGGGCACCUGCGAGGAGAGUUUCAGGGUGGACCUGGACAAGUCCAUGGCCCAUCUCGCUGCCGGGCGGCGCCGCUCCGAGUCCGAGAAGGUCCAACCCUCGGAGAAGGGCCGGACGGGGAGCCUCCCGAGGAGGGAGGUGACCUCCUGGGACAGGUCUGGGCAGCGCAAGGACUCCUUUGACAAAGGGACCAUGUACACGCCGCAGGUCCCCAAAAAGCUCUCGCACUCGGAGAAGAACAAAUGUGCCUCCCUGGAGGAGAUCCUGUCCCGGCGGGACUCCCCCGCGCCCCGGGCGGUGCUGAGGAGGGGGCUGGAGGCUCAAUUUGCCUCAGCAGAACCGGAGCAGCUCUCCCGGCUCCAAGAACUGGUUGCACUGAAACUGGAAAAAACUCAGGAACUGCUGACGGAGGUGAAGGGCUACGGGGAAGGCAAGAGAAAGACCAAGGAUUCCACCACCAGCACCACCACCACCACCACCACUUCUUCUUCUUCUUCCUCGUCUUCUUCCAAGUCGGACUCUGAAAGGAUCCUGCAGGAAUCGGAGAGGUUGCUGGGGGAGGCUUCCUCCACCUGGAGCCAAGCCAAGAAGGUGUUGCAGGAGAUCAAAGAGUUGAGGGACCUGUACAAACAGUUUGACCUGCAGCAGUCGGACUCCAAACCCAAACAGAGCUCACAGUCUCAGUACAGGAAGAGCAUGAUGUGAAGACGAGCGGGUCGGGAGGGAGGGGCAGGGGAGGUGGGCCACUUGGUCUUCUGUUUUUUUUUUUUUAAUUAUUCUUAUUUACAGUGUUUGAAAGAGUGAAAAGGUGCCUGUUCUCACCCAAAUUUGCUUCUCAAAGCUUGAAGAGCUGGAGCUCUCUUCCUCCAUCACACCCCCCGGCGAAACAACCCCGUGUUCCAAUAAAUUCAGUUCCGCUUUAUA